AUGAACGAAACCGGAACAUCCGAGGAGGUGGAGGAGUUGUUGGAUUAUUUUUCGAGGUUGCCUGAAUCUGUUGUUCAUCACAUAUUGUCAAUCCUUCCGUUCAAGGCUGUUGUCCGUUGUUCUGUCCUGUCUAAGACGUGGAAUCGCAUAUGGUCCAAUUACCCCAACAUUGCAUUGGUGUUGUCUGACGAUAUAAUCCCUUAUCAACAAUAUCAUGGGCGCCAAUUACUGGAUUCAAUUGAGGGGAUCUUGGAGCAAUGCCUCUUUCGAAAAGCUUGCAUUCAGAAAUUGCUGUUAAGUAUUAGCUUUGUCAGUAGUGAUCUGGAAGAGUUUGCCCCCAAUAUGGAUCGCUGGUUGGGGGCUGCAAUUGAGAGGAAUGUUUCCGAGCUAGUGCUUGACCUUACUCACUUUAGUUUGGAUGCUCUAGACAUUUUUUAUUCUAUUCCAGAGAGAGUUGUUGUUGCCCAUUCACUCAAGACAUUAAAGCUUCACGACUGCCAAUUCGUGGGUGAGAAUGUGUUGAACAAGAUUCUAUCUGGAUGCCCUGUGUUGGAGUUUCUCGAUGUAAUUGAUCAGGGUGGCGGCAGUGGAACUGAAGAGGAUUGA